AUGUUUUUUAUGCAAUGGUUAGAAUCCGAAAUGUCAGAAUCUUCACAUGAUGGCAGUGAUGACAUCACACCCCAGGUUACAACUGGACUCCCAUCUAAAGAUGAUACAAGCAGCCCUCAAGGGGACCCUCCUGAGCUUAAUAAAGUUCUUCCAUCCUCCGCUGAUAUCAAGGCAAUUACCAAACCUUCAAAACAUGCUGAUCUGCCAGUUGACAUUCUGUUACUUACAGUUACAAACUGUGAGUUCUUAGCUUGUUAUAGUGAGCUAAAAAAUCCCUAUAGAUGUUGGUUUGAUGGUCUUGGCUAUGUUUACUUUUCUGAUGUGGGUGAAAGUCAAGAGGAGUUAAAAGUUGCUUUACUAAGAUGUUAUAAAAAUGGUAUUGGUCCUGGUGGUUCUCUUGUAUCUGUAAAGAAUGCAGCCUCUGUGCUAAGACCCAAAGCAGUCAUUUCAGUAGGAACAUGUAGUGGCCUGAACCCUGCAAAAUCCAAGUUAGGAGAUGUUGUUGUGUCUGCGAAAUUAGCAACAUAUGCAUCGAAAGUAGUGACCAGCAAUCAAGAGCAGUCAACUGGUAUGAGAAGUUAUGUUAGCAAACGCUUUCUGAAUGUCAUUAAAAAUUGCACUGAUGGAUGGCAAACACCUUUGAAGAAUCCUGAAGCUCAGCAAGUUCAAGUUUAUACUGAUGCUGAGUUUUUGAGUGGACCAGAAGAAGUCAGGGCUGAGUGGCGGCGUGAUCAACUUGCUGAAACCAAUCCUCGGGCAAUGGCAAUAGAAAAUGAAGGAGAAGGUGAGUUGACUUUUUAUGCAGCCAUUGUUAGGAAGGAAGUGCGCGCAGUCAAGUCUCUUUUAACUCUGUAGAAGUGUAUAUUGCUUUUGAGUGAGUGUCUAUUUCAAGGCAUUGUUCAAUUCAUUGAAUGCUUGUUUGAGUUUGAUAUUAUAAUAUUUUUUGCUGUAAAGAUGGGCUUGCUCCCAUUGAAUGGGUCUUCAUUGCUCAGUUGUUAGAGCACGGUGUCAUGAUAAUGCAGACACCAUGGGUUCAACUUCCUUUGGAGCCCCCCCACCCCUCCCCCCUAAUUUGUUUUAAGCUAAAAUUUGCAAUUGCUUAGAUUGCUGUUACAAUUAUAAUGAUAUCUGCAAAUUAAACCCAUUAAACCCUUAAGCGUUUGAUUAAUCUUCAAAAAUGCUUUAUUAGAAUAGUUUCCAGGGGUCCUUUUGAUGCACAUGCCAAUCCUAUUUUUGUAAGCUUACGAAUUCUAAAAUUUGAAGAUACUAUCAAACUCCAAAUAAGUAAAGUUAUAUACCUUAAUAAAAAGGGCCUUCAUCAUAACAGUUUCAAUGACAUGUUUUUGCUUAACUGUGACGUACAUUCAUAUAGAAGUAAGAAUUCCAUCCAUUUCUCCUACUGCAGGACAAAUGUAAGGAAAUUUUCACUUUGUUUUCAAGGGCCCAAAAUAUUUCAUUCCCUUAGCUCUGAAAUUCAGACUGCCUCUAGUAUUGCCUUGUUUAAUUCUAAACUUAAGUCAUUUUUUCUUUGGUAUAAGGAUACGUUAGUUCUCUUAAUGGUUGUGUGUAGUUUUUCGCUUUUUUUCUCAUUUAUUCUUGCGUUAAGUCAUUGCAGUUGUUUAAAAGAAAAUUGAAAUGUUUUGUUCAACAGAAAUAUACUGACUCUACAUAGUGGAACACACAUACAGUGUAAUACUCUCGCUGCUUAAUAAUAUGAAAGGCCACCAUAUUCAAUAUGAAUGUUUGUAAUGCUUAAAUUAAAGGGGAUCUCCUUGGAAAAGCUCAGCUGAGCUUGCAGAGAUCUCCUGGUAAUGGAUUAUGUUAUGAUGUAAUACAUUAGUAAUUAAUUGGCAAAUAUGAAUAAAAGAUUGAUUGUUUGAUUGACUGAUUUGACAUAGCAACUUGAGCAAAAUUAUUCACUUCAGUGAAAGUGCUGUAAAGUAUGCUAAAGCCCAAGACCGCCCCAUAUACAAUUAGUGAUGGAGACGGCUGCCUAAAUUACAUACAUUUAGCCACAUUAACCCAUUGGCAAUAGAUGGGUGUGGGGAAGGUGCAUGGCACAAACAGGGGAGUCACAGGACCUGGUUUCCCCAAGGGCAUUAAACACUAACCCCAAAGUCCCUAGUAAUAAAAACUAAAGAAAAGCAAUUCACCACUGAAGAUGAAUAGAGGUCCUAAUACCUGCGUGAAGUAUGUCCGCCAGAGCAAUUAAGGUGUAAGCUGUCUAUGACCGCAUCCAAACUGACACAACUGGGAAGGGGGAGGUACAUAUUUCCACAGUUCACAUCUUCCUCAUUUUUCAUCCAUUUUCCAACUCCAGUUAGCUUUUAAUUUUUUUUUCCUUUUUUAUGGAAAGUUAGAUGUGCAAAAUAAUGUAAACUACUGUAUAUUGAUGUAGGAGUGUCUUCAACUCAAGUGCCAUUUUCUUUGUUGUUCUAUAGGAGUGUUCACAGCAGCAUUUGACUGUCAAAUUGAGUGGUUAAUUGUUAAAGGAAUAGCUGAUUAUGCAGAUGGUUCCCAGUUGCCUUCAGAGAGUUGGUUGUCCUGUGCUAGUGUGAUGGCAGCAUCUCUUGUUGCCCACAUUUUGAGUGAGCCCUGUGUUUUUCAUUCAUGGCCUCAUUACCAAGGUAAAUAUUUCUCAUACUGUUAUUUCCCUUUUUGGCAUGUUUUUUUUUUUUUACGGGAACUAGUGGUGUGUUAGAAUGUACUUCCUUGUUGCCAUAGUAAGCUCAACACUGCAUUAUGGGGGAGGUGCCACACAUGACAUCUUUUUCUGUUUCUUUUUGGUGUAGUUAUUAAUAUUUGUUAUGGUUUCUUAAAGGAACCCACAAACUGUAAGAAAAUGGAAGAGAUCUCUUGUCAUUUUAAACCAAAAAGAGAUUGAAGUACAGUCAUGAAACUGAACAAAAAAAAGUUGAGGAUUUUGUGUGAAACAGGGUAAUUAGAUUUACAAGAACCUUCUAUUGUUUAACAACCGCCACCAAGUGUUCUUAGCUGAUGAGUCUGUUUUUUACCAGCAGUCAUAUUGAGCUGACCAAAUAGCUGUAUUUCUUUUUUUAAGUGUUACAACUACACUAGUCUUGAUAUGCAUUUUUAGUGAUGUUACUAGUAGCAGUUAUUUCUAGUAGAUUCAGUGUUGAAUGUAAGUGAGAGUAACUGAACAAAAAAAAGUUGUGGAUUUUGUUGCGAAAUGAGGUAUAGGUUGACGAACUUUUGUUAGGUUAAUUAUAUAGACACCGAUGAAAUACCAGGAUUUUUCCAGUGACGAAAAUUUGGUAUCCAGUGAAGAUACAAUUUUUAUCCUUCACGUGUGAAGAUAUCAUGGUUGUCAUGGCUACUUGAGUCUCAGCCAAUAGGAAAAGAGCAUCACAGCCUCUCGAUAUCUCGCUCGUUCGCUGUGCUCACUCGUUGUGAGAUAUCGAGUUGAACACUCGAAGAUAAAAUUUGUAUCCACGCGCUAUCAUGUAAUAUCCUCUAUUUAACAACCGCCACCAAGUGUUCUCUGAUGAGUCUGGUUUUUUUUAUUCAGCAGUCAUAUUGAGCUGACCACAUAGCUAUAUUUCUUUUUCUAAGGGUGCAUUCGAUUGGGAAAUCUGGAUUUAGAUUUUAAAAUGCGGAUUUCGGAUUUGCAAUCGAACACGAAAUCCGAAAACGGAUUUCAACACUGAGAUUUCUGAUUUUCCUUUUUACUGUUCAAUUGGUAAAUCCGAAAAAGGAUUUGACAAACUGCCCUUAAGAACCGCGGUCUAGCAUGUGCAUGCAUAAUUAGCAAAAAGAAGACCGCUGUUCACGAGAAUAGUUUUGCAAAUCCUUUUUCGGAUUUCCCAAUCGAGAGGUAAAAAGGAAAUCCAUAAAAUCUGGAUUCACCCUUUCACCCUGAGGACAGAUUUCUCGGAGAUCAAAUCCGUUUUCGGAUUUCGCGUUCGAUUCCAAAAUCAGAAAUCCGGAUUUCGCAAUCGAACACACAACUUAUAGCCUUGAUAUGCACUUCUAGCGUAUGCACUUCUAGUGAGGUUAUUAGUAGCAGUUAUUUCUAGUAGAUUUCUUGAAUGUAAGUGAGAGAUCUCUUUUUGUUGAAGAUAUAUCAGAGCAGACCUCAGCCAGCAGAUCAAAGGAACAGUUACCAAGUCCUUCAGGUACCAAUUUAUGGCUCCAGUCCACACGAAUCCGGAUCUUUUUUGAAACCACAAAUUUUUUGCAUGAAUAGGACGCAGAUGAGUGAGCGGAUUCACUGGUUCAGUGUUGAGGGAAGGCCGUCUUGUGAUGAAGAAAAUGUGUGGCUUCAGAAAUAUCCAGAUUUGUGUGGACGGGGGCCUUAAUGUUUAAUGCUACAUUGUACAUGUAAGCAAUCCAACAUGUUACGAGUUUAAGAUACAUUUUCCGUUCAUUUUCCCUUCCUCGUGUUGUUUUUCUCUUGUUUUUGGUUAUAAUUUUUUUGUUUGUUUUUUCUUGUUAUGGUUUAUGUUUUUGAAACUCUCGUAUCAGGGGUGUCGUGUAUAAUUAGCUAAUAAUUGGGCAAAAUUAUUUUGUCCUUGGAGGAGUGGGUGGGGGAACACUUAUUUGAAGGCGGGUGCUAAUUCGAACGUUUACAGUACAUGUGUUCCAUUUAAUUGAAAAAAGACCCUCUUCCCUCUCCUCUGUUAAGUUCUCUUGUCUAAUUAGCUACUAUUUGCACUCUGUUCCUUAGCUUAUUUGUUAAAUUUGUAAGGUUUUCCCACCCUUAGCCUGAGCGACUGAUUUACUGUACAAAACAACAACACAGCUUCUAAAGCCAUGUGUAACGGCAGUGAACGAGUUACUGUGAAACUCACAAAACAGUGAACACCAGAAAUAUUUUUGGAAUGUUAUUGUGUUGCGAGAAAUAAGCCAAUAAGGCGCGAGAUAACUAAACCGCACACAGCAACGGUAAAGGCUGGUUUUCACUAGCGACAGAGUCAGAGUCGUAAUCAGAAGCGUAGAGCUUAUGAUCUGGUGAAAACAGUGUUCCGAUUCCGCUUACGACUCCGUCGCUUACGCUCGGCUUAUGAUCUAGUGAAAACUAGAUUGUCGGAGUCGGAAACAGACGUGGAAGAACUAAACCAAUCACAAAGCGUGGGAACGUGCAUUGUGAUUGGUUUAUCCCUCCGCUUCUGCUUCCUACUCCGACAAUCUAGUUUUCACUAGUGGUGCGUUCGAUUGGGAAAUCUGGAUUUAGAUUUUAAAAUCCGGAUUUCGGAUUUGCAAUCGAACGCGAAAUCCGAAAACGGAUUUCAACGCUGAGAUAUCUGUUUUUGGAUUUUCAUUUUUACCGUUCGAUUGGGAAAUCCGAAAAAGGAGUUGAAAAACUGUCCUUAAGAACAGCCGUCUUCCCGGCGCACGCAUAUUUAGCAAAACGAAUAACACUGUUCACGAGAAUAGUUUUGCAAAUCCUUUUUCGGAUUUCCCAAUCGAACGGUAAAAGGGAAAUCCAUGAAAUCCGGAUUUGGAUUUCUUAAUUUAAAUCCACCCUGAGGACAGAUUUCUCGGAGGUUCGCGUUCGAUUGGGAAAUCCGGAUUUAGAUUUUGAAAAUCUAAAUCCGGAUUUCCCAAUCGAACGCACCCUAGAUCAUAAGCGGAGCGUAAGCGACGGGUCGUAAGCGGAGUCGGAAGAAAUGGAAACGUUCUGAUUCUUCUGACUCCGAUUCCGUCGAGCUUAUGACUCCGCUUAUGACUCCGAUCUUUGAUUUUCACUAGGUCAUAAGCGCUCUUACGACUCCGCUUACGAUUCCGACUCCGUCGCUGGUGAAAACCAGCCUUAAUUAGUUUUGAGGUUGCUUGCGUGUCCUGAACUUUAUUGUGAUUGGCCAGUACACAAUCAACAUUUCUGAAAUUUUUCAGGUAUUCACGGUUUUCUGAGUUUAACAGUAAAAUAAUCAGGACAUUUUGAUUUUUUAAAACUAAAGAAGGGGAGGUCAGUACUGUAGUAUCAAAGUUUUGAAAUCUAUAGUUAUCUUAAAAAUUGAUCAAAAAGUCAGCCUCGAAACAGAAGGUUGUUUAAAAAACCAGUGGUGUAAGACUUGGUAAUAAGUUUAACGCAGGAAGAAUCUUGGUCCAGUGUUAACCUGAGAUCAGGCUCUAUUUUUAUCUCACGCUUAGAUGUAAAUGGCCGUAAGAGAAAAACUACAAUUAUCACAAGGCUGCUGCCUAACGGACGCCAGGGCGCCAGAGGCGCCUACAAUUUACCCUCGGGCGACCAAAAUUUCAAAGAGGGAGCCCGAAAGGGCGCCUAAAACUUAUGAUUCUCAGGCUAACUUUCGGUGAACAAACAACAAAAUUCCCUGCUCAUUCUGCAUUUUGAAACGAAAACGGAAAACGUUUGGUCCUCGGCCGUAGGCAAAAAAAUAUUUCCGCCGAUCAAAGGUAAACAAACAACCAAUUGUAAGCACUUGUCGUUAAAUUCGCUUCCGUGACUUCCGCUGCUGUGCAGUUGAAGUUUCUUGUCUGAAAAUGGCGUCGGGUAAAUUGAAUAGUCUUCGAAAAACCUUCGAUAUUAAAAUCAUGACUUUUCACCCAGCGUUAGAAACGUAAUGUCGCUAUUGAAUGAAGUAAAAACUGAUAAAAAGACGCGAUCCGUAAAAAAGCAAGAGGUUUCAAAUUACACGUGACAUAUAGGAUUUUGCAAGUUUGUAGCAUUUUCUAUCUUGCUACGAACACGAACGGUACACUCGGAGGUUUCUUUUAUCAUUUCGAUUUUUUGCUAUAACUUUUAAAAGGCUCGCCAAAACAUUUCAGUUUUUUAAAAUGAUUCACGGCGGCUAUUCAAGAUCGUAGUUAAUUUACGCCAUCGCUCGCGACGCACGUAAAUGCAAUUAAACCUUCACAAAUAUAAAAACAGUUCUGAUAGUUCAAAAGAUCAAUUUUCCAAACUUCAAGAUAAAAACCUUUUGUCGUCCCUUUUAUCGCCUAAAAACUAAAACUCUACUUCGCGUAAAUGUACACGCAAGUGCUGUUGGUCGGUGCGUUCGCUGUACGUGCGAAUGGUUAUUAUGUUUCUCGAGAAGUAAAUCGUUUCUCGAAAUCCUUUCGAGUGGUGAAUUUAAAAAGUGCUGGUUUCUCGAAACUCGAGACUCGGUUUUCGCGUUUCAAAACUCGAUUCGUUCGAGUCUCGAGUAUUCUUCCGGUUUUUGUCUCGCUUCUUAGCGUUGUGUGACGGGUCAAAAGGGAGACUUAAGUUUCGAGAAGCGUGCAUCAAGUUUUGAGGAUCUGGUCGAGACUGUCAGCUUAAGAUACAGACAAUACCGAUAGGGUCAUUCUGGUGAACUAAUUAAAACUAGGUUUAAAUACAGGGUUCUGUUCUUGAAAUACAAUGAAAUAAAAAACCUCGGGUGCACCAGUUGUCGUGUGCUAGAAGUUUGACACAGUUAUUAAAGUUACUGAGUUUUUGAAUUGGGUUCCUAGAAAGUGGCUCAGGCUACUAACUUUUUAUUAGAGGAGCCCGACGGGCUCCCAAAAACAUUUCUUAGGCAGCAGCCUUUUUAUCAGUUCUACCACAAAACUUGUACAAUUAACUUCCUACUGCUCAAUGCGUUAGACAGGAUUUACGUUGAAAGAGAUUCACUUUUCUUUAUAAACAGAUGCUACAACUGCUUUUUUGGAGUGGAGUCAAAAUCAGCUUUGCUCAUUUUACAACAGCACCGCAAGCCAGUUAAUGAUUACCCCUUGGGACCGAGAUAAUACCAUGGACAUUGAUGAGGUGUAUGUACAGUUAACACUGCUGAGAGAUGACAGAAAACUUACUGGAACAACACAAAAAGAGCUUGAAGAUUACAGUGAGCUAUUCGCAAGCCAUGGUCAUCAUCUAAUUCCUAACAGAAUUUUAGUGUAUGGGAGGCCAGGAAUAGGAAAGUCGACAUUGACAAAGAAACUCGCCGUUGACUGGUCACGAGGUAAUAAAGAAAUCCUAACGAAGUUUGCUGUUGUACUUUUAAUCAAGCUCCGUGAUGUUUGCAACACGCCAGACUUCUGUGCCAUGCUACAAAAGGCGGAGCUGUUGUCCGCAGGUGACCCUAUGGUGUUUAGCCAAUUGUAUGAAUACAUUCUUCACAACCAACAGAAAGUCCUACUUAUUUUAGACGGUUAUGAUGAAUACAGCGCCGAAAAAUCAUCGCCAUUUCAUCUGAUUUGGAAAGGCAGUCAGUUGAGAGAUUGCACACUUCUUGUGACAACACGAUCGCUGAAAAAAGAUGAGUUAAGACCAGGGAGUCAUGCUCAGUUUGAAAUUAAUGGGUUUGAUCAGAGGCAAGUUAAAACAUUUGCUCUUAAAUUUCUUCGAGACCAAGCAAAAGUAGACAAGUUCUUGCGUUUCUUGCGUGAACACAGCUUGGGGGCCUUAGCGGAAAUACCACUUCUUCUGUUAAUGUUGGUUCUAAGCUGGAACGUUAAUGAUUAUCAAGGACCAUCAGCAUCCCGCGCCCUUCUGUAUAGCAGUUUUUGUCAGACGCUGCUUGAUCACGUCACCACCAAAACCUCAGACAGGACAUUUAGAAGCAUAGAUGAAUACAAGGAAGAUCUUGCAAAGUUAGGGGAGCUUGCCUGGCAGGCACUUUUAAAUGACUGUCUUUAUUUCAAGCUCAGCAACGUGCCUGAGGACAUUCGGUUAUUCCUUGAGAAGUUUAUUGAUUUUGGCUUUCUACAGACUUCUAAUCUUUCAAACUCUCCUCGUCCCGAGAAACUGGCGUUCUUUCUCCAUAAAUCGGUUCAAGAGUUUCUUUCCGCCUUAUUUAUUGUUCGGGAUUUAAAGAAUGCGAAGGAAACUUUCAAUUGCCUGUCAAAACUCGACUUUUUAAAACAGUUCGACGAGGUGUUGGAAGUUUUCAAAUUUGUUUCGGAGUUGUCAUCAGAAGCCACCGUUGCUAUUUUUCGCCAUCUGAAGAUGACAGGAGAAAAAGAAGGUCUGACUGAUUACAACUUCGGUGAAAACCCCUCUAUUGAGGAGCUCACUAGAGAACAAAGAGAGUUUUAUCGUGUUAGUCUCGAUCUUUUCCUUUCUUGCCCUACUUCAGAGAGGGAAAAUGUCUAUCCUUCAUUUCUGCAGUGCGUUAACGGUCUUGUAGUGAUAGAGGACAAACAACUGCCUAAAGUUUCCAGCGAACAUUGCCUGAGAUCGACAAAUUUCCAUGAUAAGCCAGAUUAUGUAUUUUUUACAUCAGACUCCCCACGUGAGUCAAAAGUUCUGGUUGAUCAAAUGUUCUCUGUCAUGUCCGAUUUGGACACUGUUGUUGUGACAUUUUAUGGUGACGUAAAAUCCAUAAAUACAUGUAGGUACAAUGAUCUAAAACGUAAAGAGUUUGUCAUAAAGAAAGUUGGACAUCGAUUAGUGUUCUGUUUAACUCGCCUUGAGUUCAUUAGCCGGACCAGUCCGAAAUUCAUUGAAAUGCUUACAUCAUUGAUAUCAGCACCAAAGCCUUCUCUUCAAGAGCCUGAUCACGUGUCACACAAUCAUGAUGUUUGCAACUCUUUGCAGUUAACUAAGAAAACAUCUGAGCAGACUCUGACACACUCUCUGUCAUAUGUGAGAGAGAGUGAAAUUUGGGGACCAACAAGUGAACUUGUCAGUUUACUGAAAACUCUUCACCAUGUGCCUCGACUAUCCAAGCUCGAUGUACGUCAUGUUGGUAUGGAGAAUCAAGAGUGUCACUUACUUGCCACUGCUUUAACGUAUGUCGAUAAGUUACGCUUACUGCGGUUAUCAGGUAACCCACUCGGUCACGGGAUAAGUGUGCUUGCUAAACACCUGUACAGUGUGCCUCAUCUGAAAAAGCUGGACCUGAGUGCUACACAGAUGGGUGAAGAGGAAGUCACAGCUUUAGCCCAUAGUUUAAAGUAUGUGACUCAGCUGAGUGAACUUGAUUUGUCAAACAACCCACUUGGUCACGGGAUAAUUGAGCUUGCUAAACACCUGUACAGUGUGCCUUAUCUGAAUAAGCUGGACCUGAGUCCUACACAGAUGGGUGAAGAGGAAGUCACAGCUGUAGCCCAUAGUUUAAAGUAUGUGACUCAGCUGAGUGAACUUGACUUGUCAGACAACCCACUUGGUCACGGGAUAAUUGAGCUUGCUAAACACCUGUACAGUGUGCCUCAUCUGAUAAAGCUGUACCUGAGAGCUACACAGAUGGGUGAAGAGGAAGUCACAGCUUUAGCCCGUAGUUUAAGGUAUGUGACUCAGCUGAGUGAACUUGACUUGUCAAACAACCCACUUGGUCACGGGAUAAUUGAGCUUGCUAAACACCUGUACAGUGUGCGUCAUCUGAAAAAGCUGGACCUGAGGGCUACACAGAUGGGUGAAGAGGAAGUCACAGCUUUAGCCUGUAGUUUGAAGUAUGUGACUCAGCUGAGUGAACUUGACUUAUUAAACAACCCACUCGGUCACAGGAUAAGUGAGCUUGCAAAACAGCUGCACAAUGUACCUCAUCUAGAAAAGCUGUGCCUGCAAAAAACACAGAUGGAUGAAGAAGAAGUUAAAGCUUUAGCCCAUAGUUUAAAGAAUGUGACUCAGCUGAGUGAACUUCACUUAUCAAACAACCCACUCGGUCAUGGGAUAAGUGAGUUUGCCAAACACCUGCACAAUGUACCUCAUCUGAAAAAGCUGUACCUGGAUGAUACACAGAUGGGUGUAGGGGAAGUCACAGCUUUAGCCCAUAUACUCAUCAACGUACCAGAACUGGAGCUUCUUUCGCUUGGCAAAAAUCCGCUGGGCCGUGGAGUGACUGAACUAAUCAAGUGUCUCAGAAGUAGUCCUCAACUUUCUGAUCUCGGACUUAAAAACGUUCAACUGACGAAGAAAGAAGCCAUUGAGCUGUGUACAUUAGCAAAUGAAAGGAACUUCUUGAUGGCCACCUGGAGGUCCUUCCCACACUUUACAUCCUUCGUGACAAAUAAAUGGAACAUGAACUUGAAUUCAGAUUAUCAUGUAAGUUUCUCUUUUGUAAUUCCCAUUAUUAAUGCUCGUAAUACCCAGGAACCUCCUGGUAGACGAAAAGGAACCGUUCUUCAAAGGAGCUGUGUCGCCAUUCUUAUCCAUACUAAAAAGACACAAUUUUGUAAAAGAAAACUUGUCGAAUAGUGGUCCGGCCGUGACACCUGUUUACACAAUGUUCCUUCUAGAAGGACGAUUACACGUGUACGUUUCGUUAAAGUGAUGACUUUUUCAAUCACGCUGAGGUUGGUAGGCAAUUAGAGACACACCAUUGUUUUUGCAAAACAGUCAUGGCUACCAUGUUCACGAACUAACUUUACGUUAUUUUUAAUCCGUUGGUGCUUGUCUUCUUUAUCAUAGACGAUCCGUAUUGGUACAUGGCAGCCUACAUUUCGCGUACUUACAGAGGCAGAACUGCAAGAAAAGGGAGUCACAUUUGAUAAAAUGGUACCUUACUGGACAGGCAUGGGCAGUGACUACUACCACCUGUGUGGCAAUCAUUUAGGUAUCUCUGUAUUCGAAAAUCUCCUUGGAUAUGACUUAUAUCCCUCCAAUUUUGGUAUCCCCCAUUUUGGGUAUCUCCUUAAUUAAGGUAUCCUCGCAUUUCGGAUGCCCCCCAAUAUCCCCGUAUUUUCAUGUCACCCUAAACUAAGUGUCUCGCAUUUUGGUUGUUUUCUUGAUUUAAGUAUAUUUUGAACCCGUGCCCUCAAAUCCCUGGUGAUGUGGGUGAAAACACUGAUCCUACCUUGGUCGUUUUACAACCACUGAAACUGGCUCUACAACUUGACUUCUUUAUAAUGUUGUUGUUGUGUCAGUUCGUUGCGAUGUCCUUACAAAUAGUGGAAUUGAAUUGCAGUUUUUAUUUCACAAUGGUCGACCACCAGCUCAGUAAUAGAUCUUCAAGACAAAGUUAGAAUGAAAGCCGUGUUUUAAAAAGAAAUGGCUAUUGCGAUUGCCGGUGAUCACAUAGACAAAAACCACCAGCCGUCAAAACUUUCCUCUUAUACUGAUGCAACAUUUUACGUGUGCGUGCAGUGUCUUUUUGUGUGCAAAAUAAUCACACAAGGGACCCUGUAAACAAUCACACGAAGCCAUUUUAUUUGCCGGAAUUCCUGUCCAAGAUACAAAAUACUGUGAGUAGCUUGAGUGGCAGGCAUGAUCCGCGGCGGCACGUCGCUGGUACGGAUCACGCUUGCUACCCAGGGUACGCUGCGAAAGAUAGCACUUCGAAGCAACAACCCAAAUAACAAGGGAUGUUAGUUUCCCGGUAGGGUACUAGGGGAUACCCAGGGUACGCUGCGAAGGA